AAGAAGAUGCGCAAGAUUGCCGAAGCAGCUGCCAACGAAGCCAUAGCUCGAGAGACGGGUUCCUACUGUCUUUUCAAGCGCCAUGGAGCCGGUGCUGCAACAGCCAUGAACAUCCCCUACUUGGAUCGUGUCCGAUUGACAGCCUACAACUCCGCUCUGAACAAAGCGUUCACUCCAAUCGACGAUUUUGAUGGCAAUAUGGACUCUACCUUUGCAUUCUCCGCUGUGCCUUUCCGACUAAAUCCACCCACUUGUGCGCCGGCUGAACUCUCUGAGUGGGUGUGCAGUUCUACUGGGUCAAUUCGAGAUGGGUAUACCUCAGAUUGGCCCUCUGAUUUAUGUGGUGUCAUCAAUCGAGUCAUUAACACCUGUGUUGGGGAUUUGAGGGAAUCCAUCCUACUUUCUGCAUAG